UCCCACCAUUCCAUACACAACCACCAGGCUGUGGUGACCUGCUAGCUUUGGAAGAAAAUGGCAACCAGCCAUGGCAGCUCUCCUGGAGAGAAAAAGGAGAUUUUCCAUCUUGUGUCUUCCCCUUUGUUUUUGAUGGGAAAUUGUACUCAUCAUGUACCAAGGAUGGGGCUAUUGAUGAGCAACUGUGGUGUGGUACAACUGCCAACUAUGAUGAGGAUGGCCAAUGGAAGCACUGUUCUGUCCAAGGUAGAGCAUGGAGGAAACUCAGGAGGUAAACCCUGUAUUUUCCCCUUCAUCUACAAGAACCGUACAUAUUACACCUGUACUGAAGAGGAGAAAGGAGGAUUCUGGUGUGCCACCACAAGAAACUACGACAGGGAUGAUAAAUGGAGCUACUGUGCUGACACCAGACUAGAUGCCAAUCCCAAAGGACCCUGUGCAUUUCCUUUCAUCUAUAACCAUAAAUCCUACUCAUCAUGCACGACAGAUGGGAUUUCUAACAAGAAGCCCUGGUGCUCUCUUACUGACAACUAUGAUGCUGAUUUGCAAUGGACAUACUGUGAACCUUCAGAUUCGAGGCCAGAGCCAGAGGUGAAGAGUCCAUCUUGCAUCUUCCCCUUUAUCUACAAAGGCAAGUCAUACAGCAUGUGCACACGUGAGGGGAUGAGUAAUGGGACACUCUGGUGUGCCACUACCAGCAACUAUGAUGUGGACAAGAAAUGGAUGCCUUGUAAUGUCACAGAAACAGGUCCAAUGGUAGAGAAUCCACUUUGUGUCUUCCCAUUUAUCUACAAGGGUGUUUCCUACAAUACAUGCACAACAGAAGGCAUGAGUGAUGGGAAACUGUGGUGUGCCAACUCCAACAACUAUGAUGUGGAUAGGAAAUGGGUGUACUGCAAUGUCACAGGACCAGAUGCAAACCCCAAGAACUUUUGUGUGUUUCCUUUCAUCUACAACCAGAAGAGCUAUCUCUCAUGCACAACAGAUGGAAUGGUGGGCAAGAAGCCCUGGUGUUCUCUCACCACAAACUAUAAUGCAGACUUGCAGUGGACAUAUUGUGAACCUUUAGGACCUGGUGAGGUUAUGGAAAAGCCACCUUGUUUCUUUCCAUUCUUCUACAAGGGAAACCUUUACAACAACUGCACACCCGAUGGUCGGAGAGACAGGAGACUGUGGUGUGCCACCACAGACAGCUAUGAUGCGGACAACAAAGGGAAGUUCUGUCAAGAGUCAGCGCCAGCUCCAGAGGUGGAGAGUCCAUCUUGCAUCUUCCCCUUUACCUUCAAGGACAAGUCCUACAGCACGUGCACAAGUGAUGGCAUGAGUGAUGGGAAAUUCUGGUGUUCUACCACCAGCAGCUAUGAUGUGGAUAAAAAAUGGGUGUAUUGCAAUGUCACAGGUCCAGACCCAAAUGUAGAAGGCCCAUCUUGCAUCUUUCCAUUCAUCUUCAAUGGCACCUCUUAUGAUGUGUGCACAACAGAAGGCAUGAUUGAUGGGAAAUUCUGGUGUGCCACCAGCAGCAACUAUGAUGUGGACAAGAAAUGGAUGUAUUGUAAUAUCACAGGACCUGAUGCGAAUGUGAAGAGCCUACCUUGUUUCUUCCCAUUCAUCUAUGAAGACAGGAUUUACACAAACUGCACUACAGAUGGGCAGAGCAAUGGGAAGCUGUGGUGUGCCACAAGCAGCAACUAUGAUACCGACAAGAAAUGGAGGUUCUGUCAGGAGGAUUCAGCCCCUCGUCCCUGUGUCUUCCCCUUUAUUUACAAGCAGAAAUCCUAUACCUCUUGCACCAAGGAUGGUGCUAUUGAUCAGAAGUUGUGGUGUGCUACAACUGCAAACUAUGACAGAGAUCGCAAAUGGAAGCAAUGUGCUCUUUAUGAGUAUGGGGGUAAUUCUGGUGGACAAAACUGUACUUUCCCCUUUGUCUACAAGAAACGAACAUUCUACACCUGUACUGAUGAGAAUGCUCUGUUUGGAAGAUUCUGGUGUGCCACAACUGGGAGCUAUGACAAAGACCAGAAGUGGAGCUACUGCGCUGAUACUAAACUAAUUGCAGAUUCUCAGGGCCAUGUGUCUUCCUUCACCUACAACUUCAAGUCCUACACAACUUGCACUACUGAUGGAGAAUCUAAUGGGAAGCUCUGGUGUUCUCUCACCAGCAACAUGAUCCUAGGCCGGGCUCCAGGCCAGAAAGAGCGGAGGCUGCUCCUCAUCACCGCGAUUGCCGCGGGGGGAAGCAGCGGCUGCCUCCUCCUGGCCUGGGAAGAAGCCUCGGCCGGCUCCCAGGCCGGGAAGGAGUGGGGUGGCCGCCCCAUCGCGGCGAUCGCUGCAAGGGAAGCGGCCUGCUCCUCCUCCCUUCUGGGAGGAAGCCCAGCCGGCUCCCAGGCCGGGAAAAGAGCAGUGGGCCGCUCCUCAUUCGCGGCGAUCACCGUGGUGGAAGCGGCCUCCUCCUCCUCCCUGGCUCGCGGAGGCCUUGAGGACCCCGCGGCGGAGCUCCGACCGCGGAGCCGCCUCGAAGAUCUUGCUGGACCCGGGAGGGAGCAUCUCCGUGGCUGGAGCUCCAACCAACCCCGUCCCUGUGUCUUUCCUUUCAUUUACAAGAAGAAAUCCUAUUCUACUUGCACUACAGAAGGAGCUGCUGAUGGCCAACUGUGGUGUGCCACAACUACCAACUAUGACAAAGACAGUAAAUGGAAAGCAUGUUCCCUUCAAGAAUAUGAAGGGAGCGCCAAAGGGCAGUCCUGUGUUUUUCCCUUCACUGUUGAAAAGCAGACAUUCUAUACCUGCACCAAUAAACCCGCUAAGAAUGGGAGGUACUGGUGUGCCACCACAGGGAGUUAUGAUAAGGACAAGAAGUGGAGCUACUGCGCUGACACAAGACUAGAUGCAAGCCCCAAGGGAUCAUGUGCUUUCCCUUUCACUUACAAUGGUACAUCUUACUCAUCUUGCACAACAGCUGGGGAAACCAAAGGGAAACUCUGGUGCUCUCUCACUAACAACUAUGACAUGGAUCUCAGAUGGACCUUCUGUGAUCCCUCAGAAAUCCUUCCUUGCCAUUUUCCUUUCAUUUGGCAAGGAAUAUCCUACUCUGAAUGUACCAACAGGGGGACUGCUGAUAACCAGCUAUGGUGUGCCACAACCCCUGAUUAUGACAAAGAUUCUAAAUGGAAGGCAUGUUCCCUUCAAGAGUAUGAGGGCAGCUCUGGUGGUCAGCCUUGUGUCUUUCCCUUCAUCUACAAAAACCAGACAUUCUACACUUGUACUAAUGAUAAUUCAAGGGAUGGAAGGUUCUGGUGUGCCACAACAAACAAUUAUGAUACGGAUGAGAUGUGGAGCUACUGUGCUGACACAAGACUCGAUGAUAAACCCAAAGGGCCAUGCACCUUUCCUUUCAUCUACAGAAAUAAAUCUUACUCGUCAUGUACAAGAGAUGGUGAAUUCGCUGGAAAACUUUGGUGCUCCCUCACCAGCAACUAUGAUGUGGAUCGCAAAUGGACUUACUGUAAUCCCCCAAAUGAGAAAAAACUCAAGUGAAAGGUUUGAGGCAAAUAUCCAUGGGCUUUAACCGAAGAGGGGAAAGCUGAGAAGGGCUGCUGAGAAGAUGAGUGUACAGUGCAUAAAAGGACAUUCUUCAGCCAUCUUCCAUCUUAAAUAAGUGAAGCACCAUGAGCAACAUGCAUGAAUUUUCCCUCCUGAAAUUCUCUUUUUCUUCUCCAAUCCUCCUUCCUUAGCAAAGUUUUUUUUCCCUAUCAAAUUGAACAAGAAUGUUGGAAAAGAAGUGAAAGAUGUGUGGAAAAAAAAUGUAAAAAUCUGUUUACAUUUAAUAAUCUGUUUACAUAAAAGGCACACAUUAAAACUAAUCUAUAAAUGAUGUCUUGCUCCUGUGCAUAUAGUUAGAAUUACAAAAAUUAAAUCACCCAAUUGUUGGAGAUGUUGAGACUGUAAAGGGACUUGUUUACAUAUGUGGCUGGAGUGCUCUAAAAUAGUCCAGUUUUGACUUGAAUUAUCAGCCUCAUUAAUGAAAUUUCAAAGCAAGAAAUAGGAACCAUUCACCUCUCCUCCUUUUACUUUGGGUCUGGGAAAAAAGGACUUAAUAUAAAGAGCUGAUAGCCUUACUCCUUGCUAUUGCAGGAUUGGAAAUUGCUAAGAAUUGGAAAACAGGAAAUCUCUCCAUGGAGACAGUGGAGAUGACUCUGGGAAACUUGGUUGAUGGCAAAACUUGACACAAUGUGGAAAAAAAAGCCAGUUGUAAAAAAGUUUUGUUUGCUGAAAAGUGGCUCCCCCUUGCUGAAUGUGUUAACACCCACUCACCUCCUUCACAGCCCCAGAAUUUAUGAAAAGAUGUUUA